AGAUUAAGUGUGAGACAAACUUACCGCGAUAAUUUCAAAGUAGUCAGCUGGUGGUAACUAUAACAACGACUAACAAUAUGGCGUCACAACAGUCGGAAACUUCGUCCAAUGAGUUCUUUUUCUAAAUUAUUUUCUUGUUCAUCUCAUUCUUCAAACAACAAAGUCAAGAUUUAUCGCAGCAAUGAUGAAAAAAAUAACUGAAGAUGUAGAAGUGACAGAAGAAGUCAGUACUUCAGAAAUCUAUGUUAGCCCAGACGAAACUCCUAUCACCCAUUGUAUUCUACAUAACAGCGUUAAAAUUCUGGUCGAUACGUUAAACGAUGAAGAAAAUGAAAUGUUAGUGCCUCCGUUAUUGAACGAACGCAAUGCUACGGGUAAAUCACCGUUGGAGUUGUGCGCUAUUCUGGGACGAACUGACAUCAUGAGAGAGUUGUUGUCAAAGGGAGCGGACGUCAACCUAGCCAACUGUGAAGGGUACACUCCUGCUCAUUAUGCAUCUGCCUGGGGUCAAGUUGCUGUUCUCAAAAUCCUGACAGAGUUUGGUGCUGAUCUUACAAUAACUAAUAUCCGUAGUGAAAGCCCAAAGGAUAUAGCCCAACGUUAUGGAAAAGUUGAAUGCAUUGACUUCAUUGACUGGGCUUUUGCCAAAGAAAGUCUUUUGGCCAGAAUAAAAGCUAUACAAGAUGUACUUAUUGAACCAGAGAAAAAACCCUCUAGGGAAGAAAAGAACCUUAUUAUAAAUUCUUGCAAAGAAAAACUGGCAUGGGUUGAAAAUACUCCUACAGCAACAACACAAGAAUUCAUCUCACAGCAAGUUGCUUUGGAUACUGCAUUGUCUGCUGUACUAUCUAAAGUUACCAAAAAUCUGAAUAAAUCAACAGUCUGAGGGUGUACUAUCCAAAAUAGAUUCCUUUUCAGAGAUUCCAGUUCACUCUGUUCUUAAUAUUAUUGAUUUGAUUUAUUAUCCAGACAUUGAUAAUGAAUACUUGUUCAUCAGCCAAUUUAUAGGGUUUCCUUUGUAUUGGAAAUAAAUCAAUGUUAAUUGCUGAUAGUUCAAAAAGACAAGAAAAUUAUUUAUCAGAGGUGAGUAAUUAUAUCUUAGACUACCAUUUGAUACUUUUUCCUUUCUAAUAAAAUGAACAUAAAAUAACAGAGA